UCAACCCUCGCUUCUGAUGCGGCGUUAUUCUCGCACUCUGGCCAGUAGCCGGAGCGGACCCUGAUGGCCGGUCUCCUGAUUGUCGUGGCGGCCCUGUGGGGGGUCUUGAGCCUCGCCCGGGUGCCCCUGACGGUCAGCGGUGAUGUGUACCUCGACAGAGCGGUCGCACUGAUGGCGAAGGUGCCGCUCAUAGACGGACACAACGACUUGCCGUGGCGCCUCAGGGACGUGCACAAGAAUGAGAUCUACGACAACGUGAACCUGAACAACAUCACCACCACUCACACCAGCAUGAGCCGCCUGCGUGCCGGGCGUGUCGGUGGGCAGUUCUGGGCCGUGUACACGCCGUGCGACACGGCCGGGCGGGACGCCGUCCGCUACUCCCUGGAGCAGAUCGACGUCGUCCACAGGAUGGUGAAGGAGUACGCGGACACGCUCACCCUCGUCACCUCGUCUACUGAGCUGCGUGAGGCGUUCUCCAGCAAGAAGGUGGCGAGCCUCAUCGGCCUGGAGGGCGCCCAUGGGGUGGACAGCAGCCUGGCCGUGCUGCGGAUGUUCUACUCGCUGGGCGUGCGCUACAUGACGCUCACGCACAACUGCAACACGCCCUGGUCCGAGUCGUGGCGGGUGGAUGGUGGGAAGGAAGAACCGACAUCGUUCGACGGCCUCACCAAUUUUGGAAAGGAAGUGGUGCUGGAGAUGAACCGGCUGGGCAUGCUGGUGGACCUGUCACACACGUCUCGCGCCACGGCCAUGCGGGCGCUCGCCGUCACCGCGGCGCCCGUCAUCUUCAGCCACUCCAACGCCCACGCGGUGUGCGGGCACGGGCGCAACGUGGACGACGAAGUCCUCCAGAAGCUGAAAAUCAACGGUGGGAUCAUCAUGGUCAACUUUUACCCCAACUUCGUCUCGUGCAAGGACACCGCCACGCUCUCCGAAGUGGUUGGCCACAUGGAGCACAUCAAAAAGCACAUCGGAGUGGAUCACAUCGGCAUUGGGAGUGACUUUGACGGCUACGAUGGGGGCACGGAGGGGCUGGAGGACGUCUCCAAGUACCCGCAGCUCAUCGCCGAGCUGCUCCGGAGAGGCUGGGCCGACAGCGACGUCUCCAAGCUGCUGGGGGAGAACAUACUGCGCGUGCUGGCCCAGGCCGAGGAGGUGCGGGAUCUCUUAAAAAUGUCGAGGCCGGACGAAACCAACAUUCCGCAGGGCGAGGUGCGAAACGACUGUCGCACAGACCACGGCGUCGCUGAGCAGCAGCAGCAGGAGGAGGAGGAGGCGUUAGACGGACGAGGAAACAUCGCGAGUGGCCACGUCGUCUGCACCGUGGCCCCCGUUCUGCUGCUGCUGCUGCUGCUCCAGUGAAGAGGGUGGCGGAGUGGAGCAGCCCUUUUCCAAAAUUAAUAUUAAGAGUGAUAUU